AUGUUUGAACCGGGGAAUAGUAAUAGCGAUAUAUUGUUUAAAAAAUCUUUAAGAUCAGGAAACAAAUCAGCAAAAUUCACAAAAAAGAAUUCUCAAUAUCAACAUCAUGAAAGCGAUUUGAUUACAAAAUAGUUGUCUUAGAUUGUAUUUGAUUUGCAAAAUAAAAAUGAUUCUUAUGAUCUUGCUAUUCAAAUAUUAACAGAAGAAUCAAGCUUAUUAAGAUAACAUCUAUCUUUUUAAGUGUUUAUACCUGAAAUCAAGACACAAUUAGGAGAAAAAAUAUUAAAAGACAUUAAUCUAUGGAUUAUUAUUUUAGUUGUGUUUCGCUCUUUGUGCAAAGAAAAUUCUAAAUACUCUGAGUUUAUCUCAAGAAACAUUAUAUGUGCAAUGUAAAAAAUCUAUCAAGAUGAUUCCAUUCUCAAAUCGAUUGAAUAAUAAGCAAAUUAGAUAAUUUCAAAUUCUGAAGAUGGUUAAUAACAAAUUAUAAAUUAAUCUGCAUCAAAAUGUUCCAAAAAACAACUCAGAGUCUAAUUUUAAGAAGAUAAAGAGAACAAAUAGAGUAAUAGUAACCAAAAGUAAUUUUAAAUUAUCAAUCCAAUUGAAUCUAAUAAAGAGCAGGAAACUACAAAAUCUAAUGAAAAAUUGAAAAAGAAAAUUGAUGAUUUGGCAAAGUAAUUUUAAGAGCUCAACAAUGAUUCUAAGGAAAAUUUAGAAAUAGUUGUUCCAUAAGUUGAUGAAAUAAUUAAUGAAUAAGUCAAAGAAUUAGAAGAUGAACUAAAAAAUUAGCAUGACUUAUCAAAUAAAAAAUAAAGAUUAUCAUUAACAGAAAAGCUUUUUUCACAUUUUGGUUUCAAGGCAUGGAGAAGUGAAUAAAAACAAAUAAGACCAAAUCCUAUAUAAUCAAAAAUGAGAGGAAUCAGAUUAUUAGAUGGAUUAGAUUCUCGAGAGCUUCAAACCACUUAUGUGGCAAAAGUUGAAAAGAUUAUGGUUCCAAAUUUAAAUGAUAAUGGAUUGCAUUCAAUAGUUUAAGUAUGGAUAUUUUAUUUAACAAUAUUUAGUUAUCCACAAAUAAUUCAUAAGAAAUAUUAGAUUGGGGACUUUAUGCUAUCAUUUAAUUAAGCGAUUCAGAUUGCACUAGCAAAUAAUAUUUUGAAGAUAUGCAAUAUUAUAAAUAAUUGAUAUCUUUUAAAUUUAGAUAAGAAAGACAAAUUUAUAUCCCUCAUGGCAAAUAUGAAUUAAAUUGA